GGCUGCGUGGGGGCGGGACUAAAACUACAGCUUCUUCCUGGUUCGCAAUGCUUCUCAUAGGAUGCUAAAUAUCUUUCAUACAACACUAUAAAUCAGUAAAAGCAAGCUAUUCAUUACAACUGGGACACCAUCGCCAUGGGUUUGCUGACGAUAUUGAAGAAGAUGAAGCAGAAGGAGCGGGAGAUGAGACUGCUGAUGUUAGGUCUGGACAACGCGGGGAAGACGACCAUCCUGAAGAAGUUUAAUGGAGAAGACGUCAGCACCAUCUCUCCAACGCUGGGCUUCAACAUCAAAACACUGGAGCACCGAGGGUUUAAAUUGAAUAUUUGGGAUGUAGGGGGUCAGAAGUCACUGCGCUCCUACUGGAGGAACUACUUUGAGAGCACAGACGGGCUGGUGUGGGUGGUGGACAGCGCGGACAGACUCCGACUGGAGGACUGCAGGCAGGAGCUCAGUUCACUGCUGCUGGAGGAGAGGUUAGCUGGUGCAACGCUGCUGGUGUUCGCCAACAAACAGGACUUACCAGGAGCCCUGUCAAAAGAGGCAAUACGAGAGGCGCUGGCUCUGGAUGAGAUCAAAAGUCAUCACUGGUGUAUCAUCGGCUGCAGCGCAGUAACAGGAGAGAACUUGUUAACUGGAGUGGACUGGCUAUUAGACGAUAUCGCUGCCAGGAUCUUCACCACUGACUGAUUGUGUGUAGCCUCUCUCACGGCUCCAGGCUCGUUACUGGACUACAGAGAUCAAAUGGAACUCAACUAGUUUUUUUUUUGUUCCAUCAGCUGCUGUUAGGUCACAAGACACGGGUGCCGUCUGUAUCCAUGGUUACAAGAAUCACACCGUGGUUUAUAUCUUUUUAUUUAAUGUUGAGACAGUUGAUUCAGAUAUUACAGAUUGCAAUGUAAUGACUGACAUGAACCUUCUUGCUGUUAACUCCCACGUUCGUACUUCAUACUACACCAGAUUGUCAGCUGGUGGUUUGUGCUUCACUCCAAUGUCUUCUCUAAUAAAUGUAAAUGCUUCUUGAAUUAA